GUCUCACUGGCUGCUUGAGCAGCUUGCAGGACAGGGAAGCAUCGCCGCCAUAACAUCUCUCCGUGUGUGUCCCUCCGUCCUGCACAUAAUACAAUCACGCACAAAAGAGCCUCUUUUCCCUGCAACCAUCUCAAGCAAAAUUACAAGCAAGAUUGAGAGUGUUUGUGAGAGAGAGUAUAUAGGCGAUCGGCGACGGAUGAUGGAUAGCAUGGACGCGGCGAGGAUCAUAGGCUAUUUCAAGGGGAAGACCAUCCUCAUCACCGGCUCAACUGGCUUUCUUGGAAAGAUUCUUGUGGAGAAGAUAGUACGGGUGCAGCCUGAUGUGAGCAGGAUCUACCUCCUCGUAAGAGCGACUGACGCGGCGUCCGCAAAGCAGCGCGUCCAACAAGAGGUGACCGGCACCGAGCUGUUCAGCCUCCUGAGGGACAAGUAUGGCGAGGGCUUCGACCUGUUCAUCCAAGAGAAGCUUAUUCCUUUGGCUGGAGACAUCACGAAGGAGGACCUGGGCCUGGAGCCGGCCACAUUCGACGACCUCGCCAAGGAGAUGGACGUCAUCGUCAACGUUGCUGCAACCACCAACUUCUACGGAAGAUAUGAUGUCUCGUUGGGUGUGAACGUGAUGGGGGUGAAGCACCUGUGGGAGUUCGCCAAGCAGUGCGCCAACCUGAAGAUGUUCAUGCAUGUCUCCACUGCCUAUGUGUCCGGCGACAGCACGGAGCUGAUCCUGGAGAAGCCCAUCAAGCCCGGCGAGGCGCUGCGGGAAGGCAUGCACCUCGACAUCGACGACGAGCUGCGCCUCGUCAGCGACGUCAAGAAUGAUGUGGCGACGACGACGAAUGCCGCCGGCGCCGGCGCCGGCAGCGACGACGCGAGAGCGGCGGAGAGGAAGGCGAUGAAGGAGCUGGGCCUGCAGAGGGCGCGCCACUUCGGGUGGUCCAACACGUACGUCUUCACCAAGGCCAUGGGCGAGAUGCUGCUGGGGCAGCAGCAGCUCCGUGGCGGCGACGGCGACAUGCCGGUGGUGAUCGUGCGGCCCAGCAUCAUCACCAGCAUCCGGGCGGACCCGGUGCCGGGGUGGAUGCAGGGCACGCGCACCAUCGACACGCUCAUCAUCGGCUACGCCAAGCGGAAGAUCUCGGCGUUCCUCGCCGACCUCCGCAUGGUGAUGGACGUCGUCCCGGGGGACAUGGUGGUGAACGCCAUGCUGGCGGCCGUGGUGGCGCACUCCGUGGAGCGCCGCGGCGGCGGCGCGCAGGCGGCCAUGACGAUAUACCAUCCCACCUCGUCGCUGCGCAACCCGGUGACGUACGCCGUCCUCUACCGCUCCGGCAGACGCCACUUCAAGGAGCACCCGCGCGUAAAGGACAACGGCGAGGUCAUCCCCAACAACAAGAUGCGAUUCUUCACCACCAUCCCGCGGUUCCGCCUCUACAUGAUCCUCUCCUACAAGCUGCCACUCGAGAUGUUGCACAUGUCGAAUCUGCUACUCUGUGGGCUCUUCUCUCAGUUCUACAAGGACUCCAACCGCAAGUACAAGUUUGUGAUGCAUCUAGUUGACGUCUAUGGCCCCUUCGCCUUCUUCAAAGGAUGCUUUGACGACACAAACAUGGAGCGCCUGCGGUCCACGAUGGUGAUGAACACUCCUGAAGAUGACAUGUUCAACUUCGAUCCCAAGACCAUCGACUGGGACGAUUAUUUCUACAGAAUUCACAUACCUGGUGUCCUCAAGUACGUCUUGAAGUGAAGAGACCUGUGUGGUUGCUUCUUCACCUUGUUCUGGGGAAAACUCUGUUCUAUAUAUAUGUGUGUGUGGAAAGACACACCUUGCUUCUUCACCUAAUCACCUUGUUCAUAUAUGUGUGGGGAAAAACUUAGUUUUACCUCUGCUGGCUGUAAUCAAUCACAAAGCCAAGUCAUCCAUUGACCAAACCUGUUAAAUGUAUUGGUCAACUCAAGCACCAUAUAUGAAAUGUGAAUAAAAAUGUGUGCUUUGUGUUGGCUGGCAGCAGCCUAUCUGAA